UAGUGAUUAGUUUUUUCAGCCCGAUUAUAGGAGUAUAGUAAUUAGAAAUAUUAGUCCUUAGGCUGUCAUUGACAUUUUGAAAGUAAUGCCUGAUGCUGUUUUUGGUUAACAUGUAUAUUUUGUGAUUAGGUGUGUCAGAUAGGAAGUACAGUGAAUAAAGUUCUGGACUUGGAGUCAGGAAGAUUUCUAUCAGAUGCUUACUGUGUGUCCCUGGGCAAGUUACUCUGUCUCAAUUUCCUCAUCUAUAAGUUUCCUUGUUUACAAAAUGAGGAUAAUAGCAUUUAUCUUUCAGGGUUGUUGUGAGGGUAAAAUGAAAUCAUAUUUAUAUAAAGUGCUUUAUAAACUUUAGCUUAUAUAAACUUUAUAUAAACUUAUAUAAACAUUAUAUGAAUACUUGAUGUUGUUACUGAAAACCUUAUUCCACCAUUAUGAAGUAUUUUAUCAUAUAUGUUAAUUACAUUUAAUGUGGUUGCUUUAUCAUAAUUUUGGAGUAAUCUUACAUGACUUCAAAUUAGUAUUCACAUGCCAUAGGAAGCCAGUCACUUUGGAGGUAAAAUUUAUUUUGAAUUUACAGAAAUCCAGACUCUGAAGAUGUCAAACAGUCCCUCAGUUGAAGCUAGUGUGACUUUAAGAAAUGGGGCAGAAUCUCCUAAUGUCAGUUUUAAGUUCUCCAGCUUUGGAGGCUUCUCAUCCACAUCAUCAUUUCAAGAUAGUGGCUACAGUGACUCUCUGAAGGCUUCCAGUUUUGACUAUACUGAUACGGAAAACAUAGAAAAGAUUACAAAAGGAUUACCAUCCACACGGGAAUACUCUGAAAAUUCUAGUCUGGGUUUGACCUGUUGUGUGGAUUCUCGGACUGAAAAUAAAAUCUCUAGCUCUUUUUUCAGGAAAGAAGCAAAUGAAAUCCCAGAGCUUUGUGAAACUCCAAAAGUAACUAAGAAGAAAACUUUUUUCCGUAGACGGUUGAAUAUAACAAAUAUUGUUUCAAGAGGGAACCCAGAACAUUUUGACAAGCAAAACUAUUCUUUAGGAAGCUGUGCAGCAACACUACCCAUGAACCAACUCCUCUGUUUUGAAGAAAGAGUUUCAAAAAAGGCUUUGAAAGAGUCUCCAAGGCAAACCAUUUUCACUCCUGUAGCCACUAGUACUUUAAAAGCAGAUGAAGCUACUUCCAACAGUCAAAAAUUGAGACUUUCUUUUUCUCAGCAUAAAACAUCCACAAUUGAUGAUUCCAAAAGUGACUGUAGCCUAUUUGAAGUUGAGUGUAUUUCUCCAAUUCAGGGAAGCAACAGUACAGAUGCUCUCACCAAUGACUUUGGGGAUAGCAUUUUAAGUAUUAAUGGAGAGACUACAGGCCCUGAGCUGCUGGGAUCAUCUUGUGAAGUGCUCUGUGAAACGAAUGAUGACCUAUACAUAACCCCAAUUAGUAACUUGGUAGCAAAUAUUAAGUUUUGUGGUUAUAGCCCAGCUGAGGUGAUAGACAAUAUUUCCACACCCAAAGACAGUGGUUUUAAUUCACUGGGUCUGGAUAAGUCACAAGAUUCCUUCUCUGACCAUGAGGGUUCUUUUCAAGAAUUAUUUCAGAAACCCCUGGAGACUGGGAGGACUUUGGGCACAAAGAGAAAACCAAGAAAUGUCGGAAGAGUGAGAAGACUAUCCACACUCCGGGAGCGUAGUUCACAAUCUGAAACAGAAGAAGAUAAGCCUUUUGUGAAUUCUGGCUUUAAAGCAAAAAUAGCUUCUGGCAUUUCUCCAAAUGAACAGAUUGAUAAUAGUGGAGAUUCGAUUUUAGGUCUUAAGGAUUUAUCAAAGACACCUGCUUUACAACUUGUCCAUGAGAUUAUCAUGAAAAGCAAAAGGAAAAGGUUUCAGCAAACAGGAAUACGGAGCCGUCUAAAAGAGAAUGAUGGGGAAGAAUCAUCUUUAUUGGAUUAUGUGCUUGCAGGACUUAUUGGCAAGAAGAUGGGCCUGGAAAAACUGGACAUCUUAACAGAAUUAAAAUUUAGAAAUUUAAAACACAUUCUUGCCAUGGUAUUAGAUGCCUUGACAGUGGAAAACCUAUGCAGUGUUUGGAGAGUAAGCAAAAAUUGGCGUGAAAUUGUUACGCAAGAUAAAAAAGCAAAUCAAAGAAGGAAAAUUUAUAUGCAACAAUUGAAGACAGAUUCCAAGGGGAAUAUAUUAUGUGUCGAGGAUGCUGCAACAAGGCUCAAUCUUUUAAACAGAUCAGCUCUGAGAUCUGUGCAGGCUCAAGCUAGAACACCUGGUUCUCAAAAAGAAGAGAUUUCAACACCAUCUCCUUGGGGACAAAUUUUAACGCCCAAAGAAUGCUGCUCUGUUACUCAGUUACCUAGCAAACAGGAAGAGUAUGUUAAGGUGGCCAAAACACUUUUUAUUGAUGAAGCAUUAAAACCUUGUCCAAGGUGCCAGUCCCCUGCUAAGUAUCAACCAAUUAAGAAACGGGGACUGUGCAGUCGAGAAGCCUGUGGUUUUGACUUUUGUGUGUUGUGUCUAUGUACAUACCAUGGGGCAGAAGAAUGUAGCAGUAGAUCUGCAAAGCCACGAAAUAAAAAAGAUGCUCUUCCAGGAAGUGCUCAGAGCAAGCGCAACUUAAAAAGACUUUAAAAGAAGUACUCUUCCCUUUCCUUUGGUUCCCAAACCCCAUUUUGGUAUUUAUUGCUUUGUCCAAUUUUUAAUUAUGAACUUUUUGGAAGUACCCAGAUCUUCCUCUGAUGACAGUUAGUGAUUUUUUUCCUAUUAUGUACACAUAAUCUCAUUCUUUGUCUUUAUAUGAUUUUAGUACAAUUGUAAAUACUAUGAAAGAAUAUUUUAUUGUACAUCUUUUAUCCAUUUGCAUUAACAACUCAGUGUUUUUAAUAAUAAAGCAUUUUAAUGCUGUCUUUCAUAUAUAUGUAUUUUAAUGUUGAAAAUGAAAUCUUAUACAUUAAAAGACUUCUUAAAAUCAUAUUUUAAAAAUUAUUUCCCAAAUGAUAAUUGAACUUUGAUCUUGCAAGCAUUAGCCCUAUAAAUUUGGGUAGUGAACCUGUAAAUAAAAUGAAGUAUUAAUAAAAUGUUUUAAGAUAU